AUGGCGAGUGUCGCUGUCUCUGGAAAGGGGCAACAAAGGGUAUUGAGCUCAGCAGAGAAAGAAACAGCCUUGGCACGUGUUCGAUUGAAGGGAUUGCCCAACGAUUGGGAUGUGGAAUGGGACAACAAGCGUCAAAAGAAGAUUUGGGUGUCGCCGGAUGGAUCGCGACGAUGUUACAGUCUUCCUCAAGCUCUGAAAUAUGCAGCCAAGUCUGGUCAAGUCGUGUCCACCAUUACCGGUACGCAAAGCACUAACAACAAUCAUAGCAAUGAUCAUGGUAAUAGUAAUGACGACGGCCAAGAAACCAGUACUACGACACCGCAACAACAGCAACAACAUCAUCCACUCCACCAUCGAACAUUAUCCGAACGUGAAGUUGCGGAAAAAGUCCAAGAGGGCCGUAGUCGUGGAUUACCACAAGGUUGGACGAUUAUCUGGGACAACAUGAGUGAUCAGCGAGUGUGGAUAUCCCCAGAUGGCAAAAAGAAGUGCAAGGGCAUUCCACAAGCCUUGAGGUAUUCGGCCAAGCAAGGUUGGAUUACUACCUUACCGCCUAAGGAAGAGAAAGAAUUGAAGGCGGAACGAGUAUUGAGUCAGGAAGAAGUUCAAGAGUUUCUAAAGGAAGCUCGAGAAAUGGGAUUACCCAAUGAUUGGAAUGUCGAGUGGAACAAUGCCAAACGAAAACGUCGAUGGAUUGCCCCGGAUGGCUGUAAGGUCCAUUCCAUCCCGGAAGCCCUUCGUAUGAGUCUCAAAAAGGGAUGGAUCUCGAGAAUAAUAUUACCACCAUGCAAGCUCAACAACAAAGAUCCCAAACAGAACAACACCAACAAAACCACUAGCAAUGCUGAUAAGCAGCAGCAGCAGCAGCAACAACCUAAUACCCAAAAGCGUCGCCGUAUCCAACACAUUCCGAGUGGCAAUCGGCGCUUGACCGAAUCAGAACAAUUGGCGUCCAUCGAAGAAGCCAAGGCACGAGGAUUGGGGGAUGGAUGGAAGGCCGAGUUUAGCAAUCAUUUGAAUCGACGAAUAUGGAUUGCUCCUCCCAAUUGUAGUGGUGAAGGUGGUGGUGGUGGUGGCCAAAGGUACUAUUCUAUUGCAGAUGCCUUGGCAGGGAAACCCAUGCAAGACGAACCAUCUGCUGAGAGGAUGCCAAAAAAGAAGAAACAAAAGAAGCAGGGGACAGCCAAGGAGACACCUAUACCGAGAAGAUAUUCCAAUAUGAGAAAACAGAGAGUAAACUACAAUGAAGUAGAAAUAUUGGCGGAAUCUUUGGACCCCUCGGAAUCUGAAAGCCUACACCGAAGGAUGAUGAUUCCGAGAAAGGAGACUGCCAAAUUAGUAGACAAUGCUUCCAAAGAUGGAUAUGCGUCUUCUGAUGGCGACAGUAUACAACACGGCGCUGGUUGCAUCGUCUCACUUUAA